AUGGGUUUUGGUAAUCCACCUCACGGUGAAUUCUUCAUUGGCCUAGACAGAUUGCAUGAAUUGACGACAGCCGUUCCAAACAUCGAACUUAAAGUGAUUUUAAGAGGUUGGCAGGGUGAGGAACGUUAUGCUCUCUAUGAUGGCUUCCAAAUCGGAAAUGAAGCCGAGAAAUAUCAACUCAAGGUACUAGGCAAAUACAGUGGCACUGCUGGUGAUUCCUUGGAAUAUAACAAAGGUGCGAAGUUUACUACCUUCGAUGAGGAUAAUGAUAACUAUGGUGAUGGUAAUUGUGCCAUUGAGUAUAAAGGGGCUUGGUGGUUUGAUCGUUGUUCGUACAGUCAUCUCUUUGGACCAUAUAAAAAUCAGAAGGAUGCAACAUCAUUGGGGAUUGAAUGGUAUUAUUUCAAAAAUACUGCAUAUUAUUCAUUUAAAUAUGCCGAAAUGCUCAUUAGAGCAAAACCGGCAUAA